AUGCUGGCACGCGUCGGCGCUGCUGCACGCGCCGCUCUGCCACGUGUCGGCUGCGCAACGUGCCGCUGUGCGCGGCGUUACGCGGCCCCCGCGCGCGCCAGCACUCGCUGCUGCUGCUGGGCGACGACCGCGGGGGCGUGGCCGCGCUGCGCUUCCGCAGCCAUCCGUUCGCUCUUCCGCAAGCGCCACCCCGACCGCGUCGACAAGUACUACUGGCUGGAGCUGGACGAGCAGCCCGAGUGGGUGACGGUGUCGGUGGAGGCGAGCGUGCACGCGGACGCCGUGCGGCAGGUGGCGUACUGCGCAGACAACGACACCGUGGUGUCGUGCAGCGCCGACCCCAACGCCACCAUCGUGGUGCGCCACCUGGCGGCGCGCCGCGCGCCCUACGUCUUCCGGCUGGCGCGG